GCAGAGCUCAGUUCUGCCAUCACCUUCACCGGGAAGGCUGCAGGUGUCCAUGUGCAGCUGAAUAGGUCUGGCUGAGCCCAGCACCUGCACAGCCUUUGCUGGAAAAUAAAGGUUUGUCCCUGAGGCAGUCUGCAUGUGGAAACAACCUCCUCCAGCAGAGAAAAUGGGCCAGAAGGUCUCCCAGGAGGACAACCAUGAGAACAAGGCUGAAACGCUGGUCAUGUGUGAAGUCUUCAGCCAGGGUGUGCUCCAUGCAUCUCAAAGGCUGAAGGACUACCUGGGUUUUGUGGAUCCUCAAAGCAAAUUCCAGCCAGCCACGAACACGCUGAGCGAGAUCUUCCUGGUCAACUUCAUCGGUUUCUGCGUGGGAAAGGGCAUGGAGGAGCGGAUCAUGACCAGCAAAAUGACCAAGCAGCAAUCUUCCCUGUUCGGAGUGGACUGGAUCUGGACUCUGUGUGGGUCUGACAAGCAGAUCAAGCUGCAGAUCGCCGUGCAGGCUCUGCAGCCGGCCGAGCUCUUCCACGGCGAGGGCGCUGCCGAGGAUUGCUGCCGGGAGGCCGCGCUGGCCGACGAGUGCUUCCAGAACAUGAGCAGGUUUGAGAAGCUGGCCCAGUUCUGCCGCCUGGUGGGACGGGACUGCCUGGGCUUGUUCGUGGUGUUCGGCGUGCCAGGGAAGCCCAAGGACAUCCGAGGAGUCCUGCUGGACAGCGUUGCCAAGGAGGAGCAAAAAUGCCGCCUGUCGGGCAGGAAUGCGCUGCGGCAAUUUGUCACCAGCACUGACAGUUCCCUGCCCACAAAAGACAUGCUGGAAAAUUGCCUGGGCACCAAAAACAGGCUGAAGGAUGUGGGCAGUGUGUACAUAAACUUUGUGUGA